ACGGCAGGGGACUGAGCGGCGAGAUUCCCGUUAGCGGACGGCACUCACCAUGAAUUAAAGACCACUUUAAUGCCAGUUUGGUCUGAUUCCUCAGUCUGGUGAGAAAGCGGACGACAUCCCUCCCUGGGGGGAGCGGUGAUCUGCCAUGAUGGAAGGUCCACGUGUUGCAGACUAUUUUGUGGUGGCAGGCAUGACUAAUGCUUCAAAGCCACUCGAAGAGGAAAUACAGUUUAAUGACAGCUGCCACAAAAUAGCUAAGCCAAAAGCACCAAUCACUGAUGUGGCUAUUAUUGUGAAAUCAUUGGGCGAAGAAGUUCCCCAGGGGUAUACAUGUGUGGAAACCACUCAAACUGGAUUAUCGGCUGAUCUCAAUAAUGGAAGCUUAAUGGGGCCUCAAAUUUUGCUUUGCUAUAAAAGGGGUCGAGAUAAACCACCUCUGACUGACUUGGGAGUUUUAUAUGAAUGGAAAGAGAGACUAAAGCAUGGAUGUCAGAUCAUUCAAACUACGCCUUAUGGCCGACCUGCUAAUAUCAGUGGUGGGACUUCAUCUCAGCGAAUCUAUAUAACGUACCGUCGUGCGUCAGAAAAUAUGGCCCAGAAUUCCUUAGCCGUCACUGAUAUUUGUAUUAUUAUCCCAAGUAAAGGGGAGACUCCACCACACACUUUCUGCAGAGUGGAUAAAAACCUAAACAGCAGUAUGUGGGGGUCAGCAGUAUAUUUGUGUUACAAAAAGUCCUUGGCCAAGACAAACAGUAUAGCAUACAAAGCUGGUUUAAUAUGUAGAUAUCCAGAGGAAGAUUAUGAAUCCUUUCCACUGCCUGCAUCAGUACCUCUCUUUUGCUUGCCAAUGGGAACAACCAUUGAAUGUUGGCCUUGUAAUACCAAAUAUCCGCUUCCUGUCUUCUCCACAUUUGUGCUUACGGCAGCUUCUGCAGCAAAGGUUUAUGGUGCAGCUAUUCAGUUCUAUGAGCCUCUUCCUCAAGAGAAUCUAACAGACCAGCAACGAUCCCAAUUAGGGCUGGUCAGUGCUGCCGACCGAAAACCCAUCCUCUCAAAAGCAGCUUAUACCAGCAAAUGCAUCUGCCUUCUGUCGCAUUGGCCGUUCUUCGAAGCUUUUAGAAAAUUUCUCACGUUUUUGUACCGUUAUUCAAUCUCUGGGCCUCAUGCACUACCCAUUGAGAAGCACAUCAGUCAUUUCAUGCAUAAUGUUCCAUUCCCUUCUCCUCAAAGGCCAAGGAUUCUUGUGCAGCAAUCACCACAUGACUAUCUGAUGCUUUGCCAACCUGUAUCAUCGCCAUUACCUUUGAGUGGUGGCAGUUUCACUACUUUGUUGCAGAACCUGGGCCCAGAGAAAGCAAUAAGUCUGCUGUUGUACGCAGUAACUGAGCACAAGAUUCUUAUUCACUCUCUCCGCCCUGCUGUGUUGACUAGUGUGGCUGAAGCACUCGUUUCUAUGAUAUUUCCAUUCCAUUGGCCAUGUCCAUACAUUCCUCUCUGCCCAUUGGCUUUGGCAGAUGUUCUUAGUGCCCCUUGCCCUUUCAUCGUAGGAGUUGACUCUCGCUACUUUGACCUGUAUGAUCCGCCAAGUGAUGUAAGCUGUGUGGACCUGGACACUAACACCAUCUUUCAAACGGAUGAUAGAAAAAACCUGACGUGGAAACUGCUUCCUAAGAAAGCUUGUAAAAAUCUGAUCAACUCUUUGAGCAGCAUUUAUGAGCAGUUAGCAGAGAUGCAUCAAAGACCCAGAGAAGAAGCUUUAAUGGAGUUAUCAAUGAAUGAUCAUGAUUUCAACUUUGGUAAGAGGAUGCAAGUACUGGAGAUAGAAAUACAAGAAGCUUUCCUCCGAUUCAUGGCUUCAGUACUGAAGGGUUACAGAACUUAUCUUCGACCCAUCACAGAGGCUCCCUCUGAAAAAGCCACAGAUGCAAGCUCACUGUUUGACCUUCAAGGUUUCCUGAAGAGUCGGGACCGUCCUCACCAGAAGUUUUACUCAUUAAUGACUAAAACACAGAUGUUUAUUCGAUUCAUUGAGGAAUGUUCCUUUGUGAGUGACAAGGAUGCAAGUCUGGCUUUCUUUGAUGAUUGUGUGGACAAAUUAGACGCAGAACGCCCCGAUGAUUUGCAUCUCAUAGAAUUGGAUGAUUCUCACCGAAGUGAACAUACGGUUUUCAUAACACCUCCUGAUCUUCCAAGCUUGCCUAAUGGAGAAGAUCAUCCCCUUCAAUAUAGUUACUCUAGCUUCCCUGUGCUAAUACCAGAGCUCUUUGACAGACCGGUGGGUUUAUUAAAAACUCCAGCAAGCAGGUUAACGUCAAAAAAUAGUUGUCCCAACAGUCCUGCACCCAUGGGCAGAAGAACUAAGCAGGAAAUAAAAUCAGCUCAAAAAAUUGCAAAGCGUUAUUCAUCAAUUCCUCAGAUGUGGUCGAAAUGUCUCUUGCGCCAUUGCUAUGGCCUCUGGUUUAUCUGCCUCCCUGCUUAUGUGAAAGUUUGCCAUUCAAAGGUUAGGGCUCUUCGGACUGCUUAUGACGUAUUGAGGAAGAUGCAAGUCAAGAAGUUGGAACCACCUGAUGAGGUCUGUUACCGUGUUCUGAUGCAGUUAUGUGGGCAGUAUGGGCAGCCAGUGCUAGCUGUGAGAGUUCUGUUUGAGAUGAAGAAAGCUGGGGUUCACCCCAAUGCUAUAACAUAUGGUUACUACAAUAAGGCUGUUUUAGAGAGUACGUGGCCAUCAAGCAACAGAGGCGGCUAUUUUCUGUGGAUGAAGAUAAGGAAUGUUGUGCUCGCAACAGCUCAGUUCCGCAGAGCUUUGAAAAGGGCCCCAGCAAACCCGCCACAAACUCCAGUGCUCUCAGAUGGCAGUGACUUGGAUGCUGUUAGCCACGGCAGCAUGGAUAGCUCUAAUGACACUAGCACUGCGGAACAACCCCAAUUCAACUCCGAGCUAAUGAAAGUAGAUUCCACUGAUGAUAGAUCUAGUACAGGUGGGCAGUCAGAUCUUGGAUAUAACUCCUUAUCAAAAGAAGAGGUUAGACGAGGAGACAUGUCUUCAGCGCAUGGAUCUGAGCAGUCUGCAAUGGGGCAACCAAAGGAUAAGGAUGGGAAAAAAGAGAGUGACUCCAGUUCAUUGUCUGAGAAUGAAAGUGCAAAGGGCAGUGGAGAUUGCCUAUCCCAGUUGGAUUUUCAAGGAAGCAGAAAUGACUUAACAUCUGUGACCAGCAUCGUAAAGAUGAACUGCAGCUUUGAAGCCACCAGUCCAAACAAGACCAAUGUGGAAAACAGUGAAAACAUGGCAGGUUUGCUGUUUACUGCAUCCUUCGACAAUGGUGCAUAUCCUGAUCCUAGACUAGGUCAUGGCAGCAGUUUGCGCAAGAGACACAAGAGUGCUGUUGAACCUGGCUUGAAGGAACAAAUGGUGUGGGGAGGCAGAAACCGCAAUCUUAGUGGUGAUACUUUUGCAGGACUUAUGAUGCACAGAAGAAGUAUGGACAGUGACCCCAGGGGAAUUGCGGAAAAAUUGGGUGCUGAUGCUAAAAUACUUUCGACGGCUUUACAAAUGGCCUUAAGACCAAACACACUCGAGAUCUGCAAACCCAGACAUUUGCAAAAACCGGUCACUCUGAAUCCAGAAAAGGAGCUGAGUGACGAAGAUACACCAUAUGAUCUGGAUGAAAGGUUGGCCAAUGUAGAGGAAGAUAAAACAGAUUCUCCUGCCAUUUUUGACUUGGAAGAUCUAGACAGCGAACCUGAUGCUGAAAAGUCUGGUGGACAAUCUAACCAAAAACUGAGGCAAGGGCUGCAGUCUAAGCAAUUGCAUAGAAGUAUGAGUGCAGGUGCAGCGAUCAAACCAGCAGAAAGAAAAGGAGUUCAAAGAGGCUAUGACCCACUUUCUCUUCUGCUGGCAGAAACCCGUCAAGAGAAAGAAGAGGAGGAAGAGGAUGAAGACUACAAUAAAUGUCCCUCUACUAUUUCAGCUCGCCGAAACCUGGCUGAAGAAAUAGAAAUGUACAUGGACUCCAUGAGUAGUCCUUUAACUAGUCGAACACCUAGCAUGGAUUUCUCAAAAACAGAUGACGAAAACAAAACAUCAUCUCAUAUCAAAGGCUUACCUGCAGUUAAGGGAUCCAGGAGGUCUAGCCUUCCAGCAGGCUCACCCAAAGUAAAAGGACUUUGUCGAUCCAGAACAUUUCAACCACAUGGAAAAGGCGAGUUUGCUGUCAAGCAAAGAGACAGACUCUGGUCCUCACCGUCAUACUCUGCAAGUAGCAAAAGGAGAGUGGAAGUUCGAGAGACAAGUGGAGAUUUGACUCUUAUGUCUCCACCUCCUUCUAAACUGGAUUCAUUGCUACCACCCACCUUUGAUGUGCUGAAACACAGCGUGUUCUCUGCUGGAAAGGGAGUGGCAGAAAAGGCAAGCAAAUGGUACACCAAAUUCACAACAUAUGCUGUACCCAUCAAAGGGAAUGACAAGGGGCAUUAUUCAGAGAGAAAUAGUAUCUCAUCAACUGGAGUAGUGGAUCCUGAUGCUGUAUCUUUAGAUGAGGAGAUAUAUGAUGACUCAGACAGAGUAGCUGCAUCUCCAGCCUGUAGUACGCCUGCAGACGAGACCAAAGGAUGGCAGCAGGCUAGUAUGGAGAGCUCUGGAAACCAUGAAGGGACACCUAGGCAGCCAUUACAAGUCGGCAGUGCUCAAUCAACAAAUUCCAACUUUCCUUUACCAGACAAAUCUGAUGUAGGAUCUUCUCAAUAUCCAAGCAGCACCAGUAUCUUCCAGAAUUAUGCCAUAGAGAUUCUCAUCUCCAGCUGUUCACGUUGUCGAACUUGUGACUCACUAGUGUAUGACGAGGAAAUUAUGGCUGGCUGGACCGCAGAUGACUCCAACCUCAACACAACAUGUCCUUUCUGUGGCAACUUGUUUCUUCCUUUCCUUGGCAUUGAAAUUCGAGAUCUGCGAGGUCCUGGCAGGUACUUUCUGAAAUCGAGUCCAUCUACAGAAAGUAUGCAGAGUUUGCAAUCUGGACGAUCCUAUCCAGGGACGAAGGACAUGAUGUUCUCCCCACCUCUUCUGGGUGUGAUCGAUGUCAACAAGCCUCAAUCACCAAGAAUUACAGUGCAAGGAGUUUCGGUCACACAAGGAAAUGACCGACCUGUGCCAGCAAGAUGUAUUCCGAUCCCUUCAGGGAGACAGCAUGGGUUCAAUGAGUCCCUGCUGUUAGGGCAGACUGUUGCAAGAAGCAUUAGCGGAUGCAGUUCUAUAGCUGAGGAGCCUAACGCUCGGCGCCAUAUCCACACUGUUCCAACAGGCAGCCUACCAACAAAUCUGAAUGAAUCAACGGAUCGAUUGGGCUUCGAAUGGCAAUUACCAAAUCCUGACCCUAUAACUGUUCCUUACUUGAGCCCCUUGGUGUUGUGGAAAGAGCUAGAAAGUUUACUUGAAAAUGAAGGUGAUCAAGUAAUAUCCAUGGCAACAUUUGUGGAUCACCAUCCAAUUGUAUUUUGGAAUUUGGUGUGGUAUUUUCGGCGUAUUGAUCUACCCACCAACCUGCCAGGACUUGUACUCACUUCAGAACACUGUAAUAAAAGCAUGACGAUUCCUCGUAGCUGGAUGUCAGAGGACAGUAAACAUGUUCUAAUUCAGAUGCUGUGGGACAAUCUAAAAUUGCACCAAGAUCCCAGUCAGCCUUUCUACAUCCUCUGGAAUGCUAAGAGUCUUAAUUAUACACUUUUAUUUGAGACUAAAAAACAUCCCCUUGUUCAAACACUGCGAGGUGGAGGCUGUUUUUUUAACAAGGAUUUUCUGGACAGCAUUGUGAAGAGUAUUCAGAUAAAUGACAUUUAUAAGCCAAUAAGUAAGAUUCUUGAGGUGCUGAGCAUGCAGCCACACUUUAAACGGCAACGGAGUUUAUACAGAGAGAUUCUGUUCCUGUCCCUUGUGGCACUUGGAAAAGACAACAUUGACAUAGAUGCAUUUGACCGUGAAUACAAGAGAGCAUAUGAUCAGCUAACUCCCAGCCAGGUGAAGCUGACCCAUAAUUGUGACCGGCCUCCCAGCUCUGGGGUUAUGGAAUGUCGCAGGAUCUUUGGUGAACCCUACCUCUAAGAAUUCUGAUUGACAUUGCUAUCACUGGUCUGACAUCAGUGAUAUGUAACUAUCACAUUGUGCAAUGGAAUUUCAAUACCUAAUCUCCCCAAAUAUGCCACUGUUAAGUUAUGAUAAUCUUUUGGUGGUUAAAUGAUACAAAUGUACAGAAAAUGAAUUCAAAUGGAAAGCUAUGUAAAUAUAAUUAAUAUAGUAUUUUAAAUAGUUUUGUAUUAUAGUGCUAUUGGAUCAGGUUAACAAGAAGGAUUGCAUAAACAAGAGGGCUCAACUCUUCAGAGUAUGCUGCUAAUAUGUACAUAAUGGACCUGGCUACCAUUGCAUCUCAUCAAGUCUGUUACUUGUAUGUUCCUUUUUAGAAGUACUUUGUCUAAAUUGUAUAAAUGUUCAUAGAGGAGAAAUGUGUAGCAGAGACACUUUAUGUAAAAGUGACAUGUUUUUCCACAUAAGUUGUAAUUUCAGUAUUUGUAUAUUUAAAUAAGGAAAUCUUUUAAUGCUAUUUACUUUAUAAUUAUAUAUACUUAUAUGAUGCAGCUUCAAAAUAUGCUUGAUACAUACAUAAUGUGGUCCAGUGUGCUUCUUUUAGAAUUUGCUUUGCAAUUUUUGUCAUGCUUUACAUUCUGAGAGAAAUGAUAAAUUACUUGCCGCCUUCUGAAUUCCUGUUCUGAAAGGAUGAGACAAUCCAGUGAAAAGUGAAGCAGCCAGAGAGGCGGACUGUCCUUUUAAAAAUAUAUUUGAGUGCUUACUGAAAAGAAGUUAAUUAAGGUCAAAGAUAAUGUGUGUGUAAACUCAGUUUUUUAAUGUUUAAAGUUGAGUUUCCUAUGGGAAAAUAAAAUUGUAUUUAUUAGCUUAUUAAAUAACAGUUUUUAAAUAAUCA